GGGGGAUAUACACCGUAUAAAAACUGGAGAUACAUCGGACACCUCGGAUGGCAUCUCGGACAAUUAUUCGAAUGACAUCUCAGACGAGCAUUUGGAGGUUCUGAAGACUGCGGUCACCAACAAGCCACCGUACUGCAGUGGCGUCUGUACCUUAUCUCCAGAGAGCUUUGACCUGUACUACAGGAAGGAUGAAGAUGCCCGGUACAUAAAUAUGUCAGAGGGGUCCGAAGACAAACUACAGGCCCUUGCGGAAGCCUGUGUCCCUGCGACGUUCGGGAGGAAUCAAGUGGACGUCCUUGACGAGUCAUACCGGAAGGCAGGAAAGCUGGAUAUCACUCACUUCGCUACCAACGUCAAUCCGCAGCAGUCACCAUUGAUACGCAUCCUACGCUCUCAGCUAUUGGAAGGCGGAGACGCGGAAAAGGCGAUCAAGGUGCAGCUCUAUAAACUGAACACCUACGGAAAGGGGUCGUUCUUCAAGCCUCACCAGGACACGCCCAGAGCUGAGAAUAUGUUCGGGUCGCUGGUCAUUAUCUAUCCCAGCGCACAUGAGGGGGGCACACUCAUCUUUCGUCACAAGGGCGAGGAGUGGUCGUUCGACGCCGCGGAGGCUCUAGCCGGGAAGCCUCCGAAUUCCGUCGCGUAUGCUAUGUUUUACAGCGACGUGGAGCAUGAAGUCACUAUGGUGGACUCGGGAUACCGAGUGACUCUCACCUACAAUCUGUACUACGACGAUCUCCAAGCUGUGGUGCCCAUGCCUGUCUCUACUCUAUCCCAAGAGGAUCUCUUGAAGGAGACGUUCCAAAGGCUGCUCGAAGACACUACCUUCUUACCUGAAGGUGGUCGACUCGGAUUUGGUCUCCGGCACCAGUACCCCAUUGAUCCUUCGCGGCGAUCUCUUCGCAACAUAUUCGCCAUCCUCAAGGGCAGCGACGGCAUACUCAAGAGGGUCGCGGAGAAGCUCUCGCUCGAUGUGUCCCUCCGCGUCAUCUAUUGGGAAGAGGGAGAUGAGAAGAUGAUUAUGUCGGGACCGAAUGAAUUUGAGUACAUCUAUGAACAUGAAGGACCAGAAGAUAUGACUGCGCUGGAUGAAAUGGAUGGCACGAUGAUUCAGGAGGGGGAAAAUCGCGACUGGCGCAAGGUGCAGAAGGUGUACUGGGUGACCCCCUUCAAUGCGGUGCGUAAUCGCCACGAGCAGCCGCACGUAGCACACUUCGGGAAUGAGGCUAGCCUCUCGUAUGUCUACGGCGAUGUAGCGUUGCUAAUCCAAGUCGGGCCUUUCGGGAAGAGAGCUAGGACUGGCUAA